AUGAGUGAAGAUAUGAUGUCGAAUGGGAAGGCUGACAAUGAAGAAAGGUCAGCGGUAACAGGAAAGUUGGAUUCCAUGUCAAAAGAUGAUUUGGUCAAGUUAGUGAAAAAUCAAAUUUUAUUUCGGAAGAAAUUAGAAAAUAAACUUGUGGAAUUAACAACUGCAUCGGCAAGUUUCAAUCGAACAGAAGAGCAAUUGCGUAAUCAAAUCGAUUGUGAACAAGUUAAAUACUCGAAAUUAACAGAUGAUCUCGAACAGAGUAAACUUCAACAAGUCAAACUUCAGGAAGAAUUAGAUAAUCUGCGAAAUGAACUUUCUGUGGUCCGUUCGUCUCUGAGCGAUGAAUCUCAAAAAUCUUCGUCUCAUUUGGAACUUUUAACCAAUCUUAUUUCCGUAACAACUGAUCUCUUUCAAUUACCUAUUUCUCUGCCUGAGCUGAUUGAUAGUGAAUUUUUGCGAAUUUAUAAAACUGAACUCGAACAGAAGCAAGAGUCCUACCGGCGGACAUGUGAACUAAUCGAACAAGACAAACUACGGUUACAAGAACGUCUGGAAGAUUUGGAAUUUUUCAGCGAGGAAAUCAAAUUAGAAAAUGAUGAUUUAAGAUCGAAAAAAGCCAAAUAUCAACAGGAAAAACAGCUCCAAGAACAAGAAAUCGAUAAUUAUCGACGACAGAUCGAAGAUUUCGAAGAGCAAUUUCUCGAAUUACAACGUGAAAGUCAAUACGAUCAAUCUCAGCAAGCAUGUGAGAACACUGAUGAGAUUAUUCUUCAAUGUAUGAAUUAUAUUCUUCAUCAAAUCGACGACGAACACAAUCAUCCGAAAAUUUGCAAAUCUUCCUCGACCUCAUCCCUUCUUCUCUCCUCCGAUAUUCCAGCUUUACUACAUUCAGUCGGUAUCACCAAUAGUACCGAUGAUGAAUUUUCAACGCCAUUGACUUUUGAAAGCGUCCUUCGCUUAUGUACAUUAUUAAUCGAACGCUGCCGGGUUUUACAAUACAUCCUGUUGAAAAAGGAUGAUACACCAGAAGUUGAGCAAGUCUAUCACAAUCAAUGCAUAACUUUUCUACAGAAUAAUCAAAUUGACCAAUGUCGAAUAUGUCUUCGCAAACAAGAUCACCUUAUCCUAGACACACUUUUCGAACAAAUCUAUUCCGGAAUGAAUCAAACUAUUCAAUCAAAUGACUGGCAAAUUAUCAUUGAAAAGUCCCAUGAUCAAGGAACAUCUCCGUAUCUCCGAUUGGAAUUCGAUCAUUUCAAAUUCGUAUCGACCGAAAUCGAACAGGAUCUCCGUGAGCAACGUCAUCAAAUCGAGCAAUUAAUAAAGCAAAACGAAGAACAACGUCGGGAAUUAUCUGAUCUGAAAAAACGCCUUUUCUCCAAUGAUAUAAUCAAACAGUUAAAAGAACAGCAAGGACAACUAGAACAACAGCUGCUUCAGCAAUGUGAAAAGACUCUCCAAUUAGAAAACUUCUUCAAAGAAGAAAAUCUCGACAAAUACCGACUUGAAUAUUUGAAACAGAUCGAAGUCUCCUACCAUGAACUCCAAACAAAAUUUCACGUGGCGGAGAAACUUGAAGAACAGUUAAAAGAGUUGAACGAGAAGUUUCACGAGAAAGAACUGCAAUUCAAACGACAACACGAGCUUUUCGAUAAACUCAAACGUGAUUACGAACGUCAACAUGCGUGUUUACUCGAACGAGAUGAAAAGAUUCGUUACCUUGAAUUAGAAAUCAAUGAACACGAACAGUUCAAAGAAAAUCUUAUCGAAAAAUUCCAAAAAGACAUCGAACAACAGAAACAAAUCUUAUUAAGUGUUACUCAAAAUCACGACCAAUGUUCGUUAUCAGUCAGCAGACAACAACGCGAAGAGUUCGAGCAGUUAAUUGGAACGAAAGCAAAUGAAAAUCAACUUCUCACGGAACGAAUUUGUCAAUUAGAAACCGAUCGAAAGACAUUUCUAUUGGACAAAGACAAACUAAUGAACGAAAUACAAAUCCUAAAUGAUCAAAUCAAAAUUGAACGGAAGAAACUCAAUAACGAAAUGCAAUUCCUAAUGGAGAAAAUCACAAAUCUAGAAAAGGAAAAACUCGAAUGCAUUCAAAACAACAAUGAAUUGAAACAACAACUGCAAUCGAGCACCCACCGUUUCGAAAAUACAAUGGAAAAAGCCAAUGCAACAAUGGAACAAGGAACAAUUCAGUUACGACAAAAUGAAGAAUUCGAUAAGAUUCGAGAGGAAAACAUCAAGCUACAGCAAACCAUCAAUGAACUAAAGCAAGGCGCCGAUCAAGAUUUGAAAGAGAAAUACCAGAAAAUGAAAGUUUUGCUAACACGUUUGAAAAAGGAACUACAAGAUAAAACUCAUCACACCAAACAGAAUCUCAUCGAUCUUGAACUAGCCGAUUACGAGAAGACGAUUGAAACUUUGAAGAACGAACUGAUCAGUAAAGAGAAAGAUAUUCAAGAUCUACGCGAUGAACUAUUAACUUCGACGGAGAAAUAUGCGUGUUUGAAACUCGAAAUCGAAAAUUUAGAGCAACAAAAGAAUCAAACGGAUCAUCGCGCGAACAAAUUCAAGGCUCUGCUAGAUACUGCAAAGAAGGAGUUACAACAAGCGAAAAUCAACGAAUUAAAAUGGCACCAAAGCGAGGAUUAUGCGCGAGAAUCGACAACGAAAUAUCAGCAGGAAUUCGAUCAACAGAAGAUAUUGAUUCAUCAAUUAAUCAAUGAAAAACAACAAUUGAACGACAAACUAACGAAUCAAAAUGAAGUUCAUCAACGAACAAUGCAUGGAUUAGAACAAGAUUUACGUAUUGUUAAACACGAUUUAGACGUUACUAAGAAACAUUACGAUACACUUCAAGAUGAUUUCAAUAACUAUAAAAUUCGUGCGCAGAGUGUACUGAAGCAACAGCAGGCAAAUCAACAGGAACGAACACCACCGUUAGUAGAUAAACAGGCUGAGCUGGAAAGCACAAUCGAGAAACUUCGAGACAAUCUUCAACAAGCCAACGAAAAGAUUGAAUCACUAAUCUCGGAAAAUGCGGCAUUAGAAAAGGAACGAACUCGGCUGAUCGAAAUUCAAGCAAAACUUAUAACUGAUUCGAAAAAACGAGAGCAAGAACUUCGCAAACAAUGUCAAAUAGAGAUCGAAAAGAACGCGAGCGGCUUGACGAAACAAAUCAAUAAUCAAGAAGAUACAAUUAAAACUUUAACUCUUCAAACUGAAACCAUGUCCAUCGCUUAUAAAGAACAAAUCGCAACGAUCGAAAUCGAUCACAAACAUUUAAUUUCCACAUUACAAAACCAAAUCGAAGCGUCGGAACUGGAAAUCCAACAAUUCAAACUUCAUAUCAGUUCAUUGCAACAAAUCAUCGAUGAAAAUCAAUAUCAAACGAAACAUAUCGGUAUAAACGAUUCUACCCUUGCAUGGAGUGAUCCUAUUGAUCAACCCGCCGAAAAAGUUGAAUUACUGAAUAAUGCGCACGAAUCUCAAGAAAUCUCGCUGAAACCCAACGAGCAAAAUGACUGGCAUCAAUUGCAAGAAGAAUGCAACCAAAUGAAGAUACGCUUUACUGAAACUAAUGAACUUCUCACUGAAUCAGAAGUAACCAACAGCCAUUUAACUGAACAAAUCACAUUUCUGAAAGAUGAAAUUCGACGUAUUGAACGCAACAUGGAACGUAAUGAGUCGAUUUCAAAUUUAGAAUAUUUGAAAAACAUCAUCAUGAAAUUUUUCGUAUUAAAAUCAAUUCCCGAACGUUUACAACUCAUUCCUGUGCUUGUAACCAUGUUAAAACUCAGUCCAGACGAACAAAAUCAACUUGUUCGCGUUGCAAACUUGUCUCUGACAAUUAUGAAUGAAAAUCUUCCGACAAAUGAAUCAUCUUCUCAACAGAUGACUAAUAGUGCAAAUUCCUCUUCGUGGAGUUCUUAUUUAAAUAUUUGGUGA